AUGUCGUCGUCGGAGCCAGAGAUUCUACCGCCGUCAUCCACCGCCACACCGGAGGAAUCUGGAGAGAAGAUAAGCAAGAAAGCGGCAAAGAAAGAAGCCGCGAAACUGGAGAAGUUACGCCGCCGUCAAGAACAAGAAGAAGCCGCGAAGAAGACAUCUUCUCUUUCACUAGAGGACGAGGAACAUUCGAAGAACUACGGCGAUGUAACUUUCAACGAAUUGCAAUCUACGACGGAUCCAGAAGCCGGAAAGUGGAGACAAGCCAUCGAAGGAAAAAAGUGGAUCGAUGUGUGCGAUUUGGUUGAAGCGAUGGCUGAUUCAGAGGUCUUAAUCAGAGGUAGAGUUCACACGAAUCGCCCAGUUUCUAGCAAAUUAGGGUUUGUGAUCUUGAGGGAAAGUGGAUUCACCGUCCAGUGCGUUGCUAAUCAAUCGGAAGAGAACAAAGUGAGCGGUAAUAUGAUCAAAUUUCUCAAGCAGCUUAGUCGUGAAUCCUUUGUCGAUGUUAUCGGGAUCGUGACUGUCCCUAAGGAGCCUCUUACCGGAACUACGCAGCAGGUUGAGAUUCAAGUGAGGAAAGUGUAUUGUGUCAACAAAGCUUUGCCAACAUUACCACUUAGUGUGGAAGAUGCUGCCAGAAGCGAAGUAGAUAUCGAAAAGUCUCUUCAGGCUGGAAAGCCAGCUGUUCGUGUUAAUCAGGAUACGCGUUUGAAUAAUAGGGUGCUUGACAUCAGAACACCGGCGAAUCAAUCCAUUUUCCGCAUUCAGUGCCAAGUCGAAAAUGCAUUCAGAGAGUACUUACUAUCAAAGGGGUUCGUUGGAAUUCACACACCGAAAUUGAUGGCUGGAAGUAGUGAAGGAGGUUCUGCUGUAUUUAGGCUGGAUUACAAAGGGCAACCUGCUUGUCUAGCUCAGUCUCCUCAACUUCAUAAGCAAAUGGCAAUAUGUGGUGAUUUGCAACGUGUUUUUGAGGUAGGUCCUGUUUUCAGGGCAGAAGACUCGUUCACUCAUAGACACCUGUGUGAAUUCGUUGGUCUUGAUGUGGAAAUGGAGAUUCGAAAACACUAUUCCGAGAUCAUGGACCUUGUGGACGAGUUAUUUGUGUUUAUAUUCACUAGUCUGAAUGAGAAGUGCAAAAAGGAGCUGGAAGCUGUCGGAAAGCAGUAUCCAUUUGAACCUUUGAAGUUUCUUCCAAAAACACUGCGGCUAACCUUUGCAGAAGGUAUUCAAAUGCUCAAGGAAGCUGGUGUGGAGGUUGAUCCUCUUGGAGAUCUAAACACAGAAUCUGAGAGAAAGCUUGGCCAGCUAGUUCUGGAAAAGUACAACACGGAGUUCUACAUACUGCAUCGUUAUCCUUCGGCAGUUAGGCCAUUCUACACGAUGCCUUGUGCGGAUGAUGCUCGUUACAGCAACUCAUUCGAUGUCUUCAUCAGAGGUGAGGAGAUCAUUUCAGGAGCUCAACGUGUUCAUAUCCCAGAAGUCUUGGAGAAACGUGCAGCAGAAUGCGGCAUUGAUGUCAAGACAAUAUCCACAUACAUCGAUUCAUUCAGGUACGGUGCGCCUCCUCACGGUGGAUUAGGAGUGGGGCUGGAGCGAGUGGUGAUGCUCUUCUGUGCCCUGAACAACAUCCGCAAAACAUCACUCUUCCCUCGUGACCCUCAAAGGCUUGCACCCUAG